AGCAUAACUUUCUCUUAAUAUUAAAAAACCAAAAAAUGUAUUAAAUAAAUAUUCCAAAUUAUAGCUUAUAAUGCAACUUGUUCUACCAUAAUAAAAAAAGCCUGCCAUUUAUUUCCAAUGGCUCUUCUAAACAUUUAAAUUUUAGAUACAAAGUACAAAAAAUCAUCAGUGUAAUUAAACAUAUGUAGAAAAUUUAAAUUUUAUAAUUGUAUAACUUAUUAAAAUUUAAACAAAAUUCAUAAUGGGUUAUUAUGCUAGCGGUGAUACUCGUAAAACGAUACAAAAUUCCGAGGAUGAAGGUUAUGAAAAUCAAUCAUCUUGUACCACAAUAUCUGUUGGGGUAUUAAAUCAAUUAGAUGUUAAUGACAAACAAUAUUUUACAUUUAGAAUUUCUCAAGAUAUUUCACCGGCACCGACAACACCACCAAUAUCCGAUGACACUGAUCGACCGUUUUGGGCUGAAGAUGAAUUAAGUAGUUCAGAAUCAAAGCAGCAAUUGAACGAAAAACAGAAACGUAGGCAUAGUUUGUCUUAUCGUAAUCGUGUUGCGAUACACAGAAGCCGGUCUUUACUUUUUCAAUCAUCGAGUUCUAGUUUAGAUUCGCUAUCUGAACAAAUUUCACCUGGAGGUACUUAUUAAUAUAAAUAUUAUACAUAUAUUUAUAUAUAUCAAUAUUUUUAUUUAUUUUAAUAUUUUAAAGAAACACAAGGUACUUUGUAAUUUUAACAUAA